CUCUCUCUCUCUCUCUCCUUAAAUCCCAUUUCUCUCUCUUUCUCUCUCUCUCACUCGCAUUGCGAUUAACGAAAUUGGAAAAAAUGUCUCGUCUUCUCCAAACACCAUUCUUACCCUCCGUGUCUCUCCCCACAAAAACACGAUCUUCCAUUCCGGGUUUCCGGGUAAAGCCCAGAACAAUCCCAAUCCAAGCAAAGAUCCGAGAAAUUUUCAUGCCUGCGUUAAGUUCGACGAUGACCGAAGGCAAAAUCGUAUCUUGGGUUAAAUCCGAAGGCGAUAAGCUAAACAAAGGUGAGAGUGUUGUUGUUGUUGAAUCUGAUAAAGCUGAUAUGGACGUUGAGACUUUCUACGAUGGUUAUCUCGCUGCAAUCAUGGUUGAAGAAGGUGGUGUUGCUCCUGUUGGUUCCGCUAUUGCUUUAUUAGCUGAAACUGAGGAUGAGAUCGCUGAUGCUAAAGCUAAAGCUUCCGGUGGUGGUGGUGGUGGGGAUUCUAAAGCUCCUCCUCCGCCUUCUCCUCCUCCGGCUGCUGUUGAAGCACCUGUGGCUGUUGAGAAGAAGGUUGCGGCGCCGGUUAAGGCUGUGGCUGCGUCUGCGGUUCAUCCGGCGUCUGAAGGAGGGAAGAGGGUUGUUGCGUCUCCGUAUGCUAAGAAGUUAGCUAAGGAAUUGAAGGUUGAAUUGGCUGGUUUAGUUGGAAGUGGGCCGAUGGGAAGGAUUGUGGCUAAAGAUGUUGAGGCUGCGGUUUCAGACGGAGGAAGUGUUCAAGCUGCGGUGGCUGUUAAGGAGGUAGCGGCAGCUCCUGGUGUGGAGCUGGGAUCGGUGGUUCCGUUUACGACAAUGCAGGGGGCUGUGAGCAGGAAUAUGGUGGAGAGUCUUGCUGUUCCCACAUUUAGAGUUGGAUACACGAUUACUACCGAUGCUCUUGAUGCUCUCUACAAGAAGGUUAAGUCGAAAGGUGUGACAAUGACGGCACUCCUAGCUAAGGCAACUGCACUCGCACUGGCAAGACAUCCGGUUGUGAACUCUUCCUGUAGAGAUGGUAACAGUUUUGUGUAUAACAGUAGCAUCAACGUUGCUGUUGCUGUUGCUAUUGAUGGUGGUCUGAUCACUCCGGUGCUUCAGAACGCUGACAAGGUUGACAUUUAUUCAUUGUCUAGAAAAUGGAAAGAAUUGGUUGAUAAGGCCCGAGCCAAGCAGCUACAGCCUCAGGAGUACAACACUGGUACCUUCACUCUAUCUAACCUUGGAAUGUUUGGCGUCGAUCGGUUUGAUGCCAUUCUACCCCCUGGAACUGGAGCGAUCAUGGCUGUAGGAGCAUCUCAACCUUCAGUGGUUGCUACUAAAGACGGCCGCAUUGGCAUGAAAAACCAGAUGCAGGUGAAUGUGACGGCAGAUCAUCGUGUCAUCUAUGGUGCUGAUCUCGCACUGUUCUUGCAAACACUGGCGAGCAUUAUUGAGGACCCAAAGGACCUGACAUUCUAGGCCAAAUUACUACUUUUCGCAUCCCAGUCUUCUCUGAUUUUGAUUCCAUGGGAGCUUGUAUUUCUGCGGUAAUCAGUUUCUUUGAUAGAGUCUACCUUUCAAGAGUAAUGUUGAACAUAAUCAUUCCUUUGUUUGAGCUAUCUUUGCAACAUUUGGCGCAUUGAAAGGCCUUCACACAUGA